AUGCAUUGCUUUUUUGCUGAGCUGGAGCCGUCUAUCUCCGUCACGGAACAAAACCUGGCAGACCGAGUUCGGUACAUCAUGCGCUCGAAAAUAUUUGAUGAUGCCGAACUCGAACGACUACGACGUGAGGCUAUUCCGUCGUCGAAUGAAUCUGCUAUGGCUCGAGAUGCAGCUCCACAUUCGACAGACCAGCAUCCACACGUGGAGGCCGCCAUGGAUCUUCCAGUUGUGGUUGAUUCGAACGACGAUGAAAUAGUCUCCCACGAACUAGAGCAAAUGAGGAGUAUAUUGGAAGAGUCGAUUUUGGAAACGCGCAGCACCCCUCUCGAAAAUCGACCGCGACUUCCCCGCAUACCCCUAAGCAAGCGAAAUCGGGCUGUCGUGAGGGCUCUUAACCCAAUGCUGGUGACCUAUUUGGAAGCCAGCCGGGACCUUUGCGAGACGGACUCGAUUCUCUUUGGAGCCGCAGUGGCAGUUUGCCGUAUUAUUGGCGCCAAACUUCCCAUGGCUGGACGCGCUACUACACAAAGUAACGCCAUCCCAGCAUGGAGAAAAAGAAUCGAGGACCGUAUCGCAAAGGCAAGGGCCAUUAUCGGCAGACUGACAAGCUUCAGGUCGGGUAAUAAUAGACCGAGGAUUGUGCGCACAGUAAGGAUGGCGUUUGCUGGGACAAAUAUCAGUUUGUCCCAGCCGGAUAUCACGCAGAAUCUAACGGAGCGCAUAGACGACCUGAAGCAAAAGAUCGCUGCUUGGGGGAAGCGGAUUCGACGAUUUUCCGAGGGGUCAAGGCGGUUCAACCAGAAUCGUCUCUUCCAGAGUGAUCAGAAGAGGCUCUAUAAAUCAUUGGAGCGACCAAAGGUAUGUGGAGCGGGCCAAGGACCGGAGGCUGACAUUAUCGCAUACUCGCGUGGCCUGUGGUCAGAGCCCGUAAACCACAGCGAGGGCCCUUGGAUGGAAGUUGUAGCGAGCCAGGGUGCGAGUGUUACGGCUAUGGAAUCCAUCACCAUAACGCCAGAAGACGUGGCUGAGGCGGUCCGUACGGCCCCGAACUGGAAAAGUCCGGGGCUCGACGGGCUGCAUCAUUACCGGCUGAAGGGGUUCAUAGUGUGUCACGCUGUGCUCGCCCGACAGUUUCAAGAGGCUCUCGACCAGAAGUCACUCCCGAGCCUCUUCACUACUGGGAUCACUCACUUGGUUCCUAAAGAUCAGGAUACCACAGACCCGAGCAAAUACCGCCCCAUCACGUUUACGCCUAGGGAAGCAUAA